AUGGCUCCUGUAAAAUCGAGAAGAAUCGCCGUUCUGGGAAGCCGUUCGGUUGGUAAAUCAAGUCUUACUGUUCAAUAUGUGGAGAACCAUUUCGUGGAAUCCUACUAUCCCACUAUCGAAAAUACGUUCAGUAAAAACAUUAAGUAUAAGGGACAGGAGUUCGCUACUGAGAUAAUUGACACCGCUGGACAAGACGAAUAUAGCAUAUUGAAUUCGAAACAUUCAAUCGGAAUACAUGGUUACGUUCUUGUCUAUAGCAUAACCAGCAAGUCUUCUUUUGAGAUGGUCAAAAUUGUCCGCGAUAAAAUAUUAAACCAUACUGGCACAGAAUGGGUUCCUAUCGUAGUUGUCGGUAACAAAAGCGAUUUGCACAUGCAACGUACCGUUUCCGCUGAAGAAGGCAAGCAGUUAGCCAGCGAAUGGAAAUGUGCUUGGACAGAAGCCUCUGCUCGCCAUAAUGAAAACGUUGCUCGUGCUUUUGAGCUUAUUAUUAGCGAAAUCGAAAAGCAGGCCAAUCCUUCCCCUCCUGGAGACGGAAAGGGUUGUGUUAUUGCUUAA